GGUACCGUAAACCAAGCGACCCGGGGCGGCGAUGUCAACUGUCAAACAGAUGACACGACAGUGUGGGAGCGAGCAGGCAACAGCACAUAAAAAAAGAGGAGUCAACUUUUCUGGGACCGAAAGAAGCGAAAAUUCCGUGCCGAUCGUGUUUGCGCUUUCCUGGAUUUUUCACGCCAGGUGCAAAGAAAAGUCGGAAAAUUGGGUGCACCGUGCAGCUACACCGUUCGCUACACAAGCGCACACACACGGCCGCCUACGCAAACCGAUAGAUCCGGUGCAGCGAGCGUGAUUAGCUUUCAUUUCCCCCUCCCGACACUCUCUGCACGGACCUGGAACUGCAACGCGUUCCAACCCGGGGGUAGUAGUAGUGGUUGGUUGUCCCUUGGCCUGAUAAUUGGAGCGGUGCCGCCGACCGUCGAACGUCCUCACGGUAUUGACCGACCGCGAAGACCGCAUUGAAGACGUCCUGGUGUUUGUGAGUGUGCUGCUGUAUUGCUGGAGCACGCCAAGGAGACGGUUUUUAUCGUAUCUUUGAAGCGAGCGUGUGUGUGUGUAUGUGUCAGUGCAGUGUGUAUGUGUGUGUUGAUGUUGCGGUGCGUGUGGUUGUGCGUUAGUAAAAAAAGUGAAUCCAAGUAGGCAGGGCCCACACCAAAAGCGGGGGUCGUGCAAAGUCGUUGUCCACAAGGCCCCGUUGUUCGUACCAUCUCCCCACGGGAGCUGGCAGAAGUUGUGUGCGUGGAAAAGUGUUUUUAUAAUUAAUUUGUUGGUGCAUUGAAGUAAGACGGGCGGCAACGUCCUCGAGACCCCACCCCCUACCAGCGACACACAAGGGCUCUCGCGAAACGCCGCUGACGAUCGUGAGAUCACGCGAAAGGAGUGGCAGCACAAAAAAAAGAAGCGCCGAAAUUGGGAAGUGAAGCGAAGGAAAGUCCCAUCCCUUCCCGGGGUUUAGCGAAACCAGCAAACAAGGCAAAUUUGACGUAACUUACCACCACCAUCGCAGGGGCAAAGGCAGUUUGCCUGUUUUGGAUGAGCAAAAAUGAUUCUGCUAGAGAUCAACAACAGAAUUGUGGAGGAAACGCUUACAGUGAAAUUCAAGAAUGCAAUCGCAGGGAACAAGGCGGAAUCCAUCGAUGUGACGGUAGCAGACUUCGAUGGAGUUUUAUUUCACAUCUCGAACAUAAACGGCGAUAAAACGAAAGUGCGAACGAGCAUAUCGCUGAAAUUCUACAAGCAGCUACAGGAGCACGGUGCCGAUGAGCUGCUAAAGCGCGAGUAUGGCGACCUGCUGGUAGCCCCCGAAGACGGGUACAACGUGUCGGUGCUGGUCGAUCUGGAAAACAUACCGGAAAACUGGGAGGAAACGGUGCGAAAGAUCGGCCUGCUCAAGCGAAACUGCUUUGCGUCGGUGUUCGAGAAGUACUUCGACUUCCAGUCGCAGGGCGAGGGCGAAGGCGAGGGCCAGAAGCGGGCUGUAAUUAACUAUCGUAACGAUGAAACGAUGUACGUUGAAGCAAAGCCGGACCGUGUGACCGUCGUGUUUAGUACGAUAUUCCGCGACGAGGACGACGUAGUGUUAGGGAAAGUGUUUAUGCAGGAGCUGCGCGAGGGCCGAAGAGCUUCCCACACGGCGCCGCAAGUAUUAUUCUCCCACCGGGAGCCACCGCUCGAGCUGGCCAAUACCGGGGCACGGGUCGGCGAGAACAUAGGCUACGUAACGUUCGUACUAUUCCCACGGCAUACUGCGAAGGAAACGCGCGAUAACACGAUCAAUUUAAUUCACAUGUUCCGUGAUUAUUUGCAUUAUCAUAUUAAGUGUUCGAAGGCAUACAUCCACUCCCGAAUGCGGGCAAAGACGACGGAGUUUUUAAAGGUGCUCAACCGUGCUCGACCGGAGCCCAAAAUUACGGAAAAGAAAACAAUAACCGGCCGAACAUUCAUCAGAAAAGAAUGAUUCUAGAAGUUGUCGGACGCGUCUAGUUGUUAAAUGUGUAAGUAUUCAAAACGAACCUAAUAAAAGGAGGAAAAGAGACGGCACGAGAAAAGCGCAAACGGAGGGAAAACCGAUGGCAGGAAUCCCAACUGGUCUCUCUUUUUUCUGAAGGAAGUGUAAGUGUAAAGGAAGUGGGUUUUGGGCAAAUUCUGCUAUCGCGAGGACAAAACAGUGCAGUGUCCGUGAUUUGGUAGGAAUAAAACCAAACCACCAUCCCCACUCUUCUUCGCCGAAGCAUCGUAAGCAAAUAAACCAUUUUCAAGCUGGUAA